AUGGAGGCCGCGAGCAGCUCGCCCGACGAACCUCAACAGGAGGAAAGGCCUCCAAAGCCAAAUCUCUGCAGGCUGCUCCUGAAGCAGCUGGAGGACAAGUUCCUGGCCAUUGGCCGUCGUGCGGAGAAGUCGAGGACCGACAGGUCUGAGCACCAGGAAGAUGCCAAUCAGCUAGUGGAGGCCGAGUACAGGCCUCGGUCCUUCCUCCGGCGGCGCGCGCCCGAUGAGAUCGAGACCGCGGUGACGCAGCUGGACCAGGGAGCCCUCAACAUGGCCAAGAAGAGUUUCACCAGCAACCUUGACUUGACCGAGUUCGCAGAGGCCAUUGUCAGCACCGGCACCUACGAUGCGGACAGGGUCCUCGCUUUCGUCAGUGGUGUAGUCGACCUUUACCUGGAGGUCUUCCGAUCCCAAGGCGAGCGGGCGUCCGAACGUGCCGUGAACUGGGCACAGUUGAUGAACCACUUCAUCGAGUCCCCAGAGAUCGUCAUGUUCGAGGGCAAUGAGGUUUCGUCGGCCGGCCCGAAAAGCGUGUCCGGUACAGAGAACUUGGCGCAGGUCCGACGAAGCAAUGUUGUUGACUGUGCCAAGCACAUGGGCUCCGUUAUCCACAAGAUCAACUGGAUGGCUUCCCUGGAAAUGCUCACCUCGGUUGAGGGCACGGAGUCCGUGUACUUCUGGUCGCCUUUCAUGGCUUGGGAAACAGCACGUGUUGUCACACCUCAGCUGCCAGCAGAUUUUUACGACGAGCGGCAGAAGCCACUGUGGACUGUCCAUGCGGUUGCCUGGGACAACGACUCUCAGGACUUGGUGGCCUUGCUGAGCAAUCGCUUUCUUGUCUUCUGGCGCCUCCGGAACCGGGACAAGGGCCAGUUCCAGCAGAAGAAGGAGUUUCGCUUUCAUGCCACGCGGUCUCAGGGCCGCAACUCCUCUUCGCACGAAAUCAGCCAAUGGGAGGUUCAUCUUCGCACGCUCGAUCCCAAAAACGGGGACCUCCUCCGGGAUCCUCCCAGCAAAAAGGAGCCUUCGGAAGCCGGAGCUCGGCGUGACAAGCGCGAGGAGCGCUUUGCAGCAGAAGCAGCGCAGCAGCUGGACAUCUGGUGGAGUGCCAGCAUGAAGGUCUGGGUGACGGCCGACUACAACGGCAGGUUUCUCUUGUGGGAUCUGCGCGAACACAGCAUCGCGACGACUAUCGCACCGACGAAGGUUUUGCAGGCUCACAGCAAAGUGAUCACGACUUUCCUGGAGCUUAGCACUUUCAAGUUCACCACCGGCAGUUUGGAUCGGUCAGUGUGCCUCUGGGACCACCGCAACCUCUCUGGCCCCGAGGUGAAGUUGGAGGUCUUCCGACCGAGUCUGCGUAGUUUCUUUCUCUUUUGCCUUGUCUGCUCUGUGGCUUUCUCUCUGGCUGGGGUGACCUUGGUGACCCUCGAGCACAGGGAGCCGCUAUGUACAGACCUCCUGGACAGUGAAAGCUACGACUACGAUUCAGCCGAAGCUGGCAAGGCCAUCGACGAUUCCGUUCACGUGGUGACCUGGGCAACCUCUGACUCGGGAUACUUGCGACGGCUCAAGGCUUCCGCUGCUUGGCAGGGCUAUGCUCCACUGACAGUCCUGGGCUUGGGUACUUCUUGGCGUGGUCCGUUCUAUUCGAAAUUGGUGCCGCUAGUUUCCUUUCUCCCGAAACUGGGCGAUCAACUUGUGCUUGUGUUGGACUAUGAUGCCUUCCUGCAGCAGGGCCCGAGUGCCCUAAAGGAGGCCUACCGCGCCAACGCCCGUCCCGGCAACGUCUGGAUCAGCGCGGAGUCCCUCUGCAACGGCAGCCCGGAGCUGCCUUUCGAGCAAACGAAAGCUGCGGAACGGAACUCGCAUGGCCAGAGCUGCUACCCUUUCCGAAGCCAGCGGCCAAACACACACGGCUCCAGUCAGGCGGGCGCAAAUAGGUUUCUGAACACAGGCUUUACAGUAGGGCCGGCCGACAAGGUGCUGCGCUUCUACCAAGCCGUUCAGGAUGCAGUGCCCUGGUGGGAUCAGUAUGCCUCCGGAGUGGAGCAGUGGUGGGCCGGACGCUUGCAUGCCACAGCCGCAUGGGCAGACUUAGUAGAUCUGGACUCUCAACAGCGAGGUGCUGGUGUGGUACUGGGUACCGAGCUUCUUCAAAAUCGCAGUGACACCUUCGGUGUCCCAUCUCAGCGUAAAGUGGCUUGGGGCAACUGGAUCUGGCACAAUGGUCUGCUGCAACAUCCAGACGGGCAUGCGCCCAUCGCGGUUCAUUUUCCCAACCAGAGGCGUCGCGAGAAGGUGUUCGAAUAUUGCAUGCUCUGGAAGCUUCUGGCCGCGGAGAGACUUGGGACGAAGUCAGACGAGCACACGGGCUCCAUCCGAGCACAGGCGUACUUGCCAUUGUUCUCCAGCCUCGUCACAGUGGGUUGUGAGAAACGGGUCUUUGUAUGGUCGAUUGAUUCGACAGCCUACCGAGGUGUCCGGAGGCUCAGUUCAAGCUUGCCAGCAAAAAACGUAGAACGACCUGUGGAUGAAAAAAUCCAACAUGUAUCAUCUGGGCAACACAUUCGGUCAUUCAGGGAUGCGAUGGGGGCGCAGCCCGCCCUAAACCAUGAUGCAGGGACCGUGUACACUCAUGGAACAAGUUUGCAGGCAACGUCUGUCUGUGCACGGUCGGUCGGACGGUCGGUCGGUCGGUCUGUCUGUCUGUCUGUCUGUCUGUCUGUCUGUCUGUCUCUCUCUCUGUCUGUCUGUCCGUUCGCCCGUCCGUCUGUCCGUCUGUCUGACUGUCUGUCCGUCCGUCUGUCUGUCUGUCUGUCUGUCUGUCUGUCUGUCUGUCUGUCCGUCUGCCGUCUGUCUGUUUGUCUGUCUUUAUGGAGUCUACUGCAUAUUAUGUAUAUGUAUAUGCCUUUUUAUAUGUGUUUGUAUAUGGGUAUGCAUAGGCAUACGUGUUAG